UAGAAACAGGGAAAAAGGAGCAAAAUAAAGUCCCUUCUCCCUCUAUGUUAGGAUUCCAUUGUUUUCACAACUUUCCUAUUCCACCAAACACAAUUUCUUCAGCUAAAAGCCUGUAAUCCCAUUACUCCUUCAAUAAACAGUAAACCCCACAACCAAAAAUACUCAUUAUUACAAUCUUGAAUCAUUAGACUAAGCAUACAAAAAAGUUGAAAAAAAGGAGGAAAUAUGGAAGUAGACAAUAGAAGAAAGAGCACAUCAUCAAGAAAUAAUGGUAGUGUUGUGGCAUCAGGUUCUGUUUGGGAAAACAGAAUGAAACUUGAUGAAGUAAAAGGUGGAAUUAAAGUACUUAUUAGUAACAGUUCUGAAGAAACCCCAGAUGAAAAUGAUGAUAAAAAUUGCACCUUUUUUACUCAAGUGGAUAAAAAGUUGGAAAUAGAGCCAAAAAAAUGCAAUCUUGGUGUUGUUGGGGUUAUGAGUGGGAAGAGAAAAACUUGGAAAGCUGAAAACUUUGAAGGAAACCCAAUUCAGAUUGCUAGUAAAAGACCUGAUUUGAGCAAAAAAUUGGAUGAAAAGUGUCAAGAUUUGAGCAAAAUCCCAAGUCAGAGCAUGAAAAAAUCUGAGUCUCUUAAUGGGAAAGCAAAAGUAGUAUCAAGUAAGGAACUUGAUGAGGAAAGCAAGCAUCUUCAUUUUAAAAUCUUGAAAAAAUCCAAUCUUGAGGAGUCGAGUAAGAAUAUUGAAGGAUCAAUUAAGGAAAACGAGAACAAACCAAGUGGGAUUAAGAAGACAAAAUCUGAGGAAAAUUGUGAAGAGAAAUUCAUCACAAGCAAUGCGGUGAACUUGAAUUAUGGUGAGGAGGUUUCGUCCGCUAUUUUGGACAGACAGGUUCGGAAGUUAAGGUCGAAGGAGAUCACUUCUGAGGCUAAAUUUGCAACUAAAGUAGAUAAAAAUCUUGAAAAUGAAGAGGAAGAAGAAGAAGAAGAAGAAUGGGAUGAGGUAUUAGAGGAAGAAAUUGAUGAGGAAAUGGAAAAGAAAAGUGUUGAUGUUAAACAAAUUAAAGUACAAGUACAGAAGCCUAAAAAGAUUGUGACUGAAGAUAAGAAACUUCAGUAUAGUAAUAAAAAACAAAUAUCAAUUUCUUCAGUUAACAAGAAACAGCCCCCUCCUACUUCAAACCAUGCCAAAAUUCAUCUAAGCCAAACAAGAACCAAAUCAGUUCCAGUUUCAGAUGUAAAUCCUAGACAAAAUGGCAAAUUACAAAGCUUUGUUGACUUAGUGAUGUGGAGAAAUGUAUCAAAAUCCACAUUAAUCUUUGGAAUUGGAACCUUUGCUAUUAUUUCAUCUUCAUAUACUCAAGAUCUCAAUAUCAGCUUCAUUGCUGUGCUUUCCUACUUGGGUCUGGUCUAUCUUGCUGCAAUCUUUCUCUUUAGAUCCCUCAUUCACAGGAGAGCAAAUGAUAUUGGUGAAUCAAGUGAGUAUGUAGUAGGGGAAGAAGAAGCAGUGUGGGCACUGAAGUUGAUACUUCCUUUCAUAAAUGAGUUUCUUUUGAAAAUCAGAGCCCUUUUUUCCGGUGAUCCUGCAACUACAAUGAAGAUGGCAGUUCUGCUGUUUCUUUUGGCUCGGUAUGGCAGCUCCAUAACCAUUUGGAAACUGUCCAAAUUAGGCUUUUUUGGAGUCAUGGUCAUACCAAAAAUUUGCUCUUCUUAUUCCACACAGUUAACCUCUUACGGUACAUUUUUGACACGAUACGUUAGAGAUGCUUGGGAAUCAUGUAGUCACAAAAAAGCAGUUGGAUUUGCAAUCUUCACAUUAGUUUGGAAUUUCUCUUCAAUCAUUGCCAGAAUAUGGGCAGUGUUCAUGUUAUAUGUGGGAUUUAGGUACUAUCAACAAACCUUGAUUACAGAGGACAUUACUAUAAAAGCUGAUGAUUCUUGGCAAGGAAAAAUAAGAGAACAGAGACAAGUUGGGAGAAAGUCCAGUUUAAUGGAAACAAGAAAACAAAAGAAAGCAUUUUAAGUUAAUCAAUAGCUAAUAUUAUAAAUAAUAAUAUUUUUUAUUAAUACAUGAGAGAUCAUUAACAAGGCUCGUUCAUAGAUCAGCGCAAAGCUAUUAAUCCAAGACGAGCGUCUUCUUCAUUUUCAUCUCCCCUAUUUUUCAACCAUUAUCUUUUAAGAUUCUUUUAUUCUUACUGUACAUAUUCAGCCUCUCUACUCCUUCGGGUAGGGGUAAGGUCUGCGUACACACUACCCUCCCCAGACCCCAUUAGUGGAAUUUUACUGGGUUGUUGUUACUGUACAUAUAGUUGUUUGACUAAGAAACUGAUGUUUUGGAGCAUAGCCUCCAUUGGCUAAUAAAGUUUUAUGCAAUUAACAUUUAAUUGCAAAACAUUGUUGUUUUGUUGUUGCAAUUAACAUUUAAAUGGAAUAUUGUUUUAAUCU